CCGGGGAGGGCAGUCCCGCAGCCGGGAAGGGCCGUCCCGCCAUUGCGGGCAGCGCUGUGGAUGGAAGAGUUCAUGCUUACUGGUUUGCAUAAUAGCAGAGGCUAAAUAGGCAUGGAGGAGACUGUAGUGGGGAUGAAAAGUGUCAAAAGAGAAGAAAUGAAUCCUACAAAUGAUGAUCCGGUGUUUGGGACCAUUUUUGACUGGGACUAUCUCUUAUGGGAAAUUCGUUUGACAUUUUUAGCUGCUGGUUUUUUAAUCUACUUGGGAGUAUUUCUUCUGUCUCACUGGUUGUCUUCUUGGAGAAGUACCACUUACCGUGCCUUGUAUGCAAAGGAGAAGGUGUUUUGGAAUAUGGCAGUCACACGUGGUGUGUUUGGACUUCAGAGUUGUGUUGCUGGGUUAUGGGCUUUGCUCAUAGAUCCCGUUUUUCAUGCUGACAAAGUCUAUUCACAGCAAAAGUGGAGUUGGUUUAACUGUUUAAUAGCAGCUGGAUUUUUCUUACUUGAAAAUGUAGCAGUUCAUGUGUCCAACAUUAUUUUUAGAACAUUUGAUGUUUUCUUGGUAAUUCAUCAUUUGCUUGCUUUUGGUGGCUUGGCUGGUUUAGUAAUUAAUGUGAAAUCUGGACAUUAUCUGCCUUUGAUGGGAAUGUUGCUGGAGAUGAGUACUCCCUCAACAUGCAUUUCGUGGAUGCUUCUGAAGGCUGGCUGUGCUAACACCUUUUUCUGGAAGGCAAACCAGUGGGUGAUGAUCCAUCUGUUUCACUGCCGCAUGAUUCUUACCUACCACAUGUGGUGGGUGUGUAUUUUCAACUGGAAUUCUAUUGUAGAAAAUCUGGGACUACUUCACUUUAUUGUUUUAUUCUCGGGAUUAUUUGCUGUUACACUAAUACUUAACCCAUACUGGACAUACAAAAAAACUCAGCAACUCCUCAACCCAACUGACUGGAACUUUGAAAAUAAAGCAGUGGAAAAUGGAAAAUUAAAUGGUGAAACACAUCAAAAGAAGAGGAUAUAGCACUGAAACAAAAAGUUUCCCGGCAGGGUAUCAGAAGAAUACAAUGCAAACUCAUUCUUUGCACGUGAACUAGAAGAUUUUGCAAGAAGCUCAUUGAUACAGUGACUCCUUGCUGGUAGUACUCUAUGCAUCACAAGUAUUGAAAAGCAUUGUUUAUGUUUCUUAUGUACAUACAUAUAAGAACUUCAAUCCUCAUUAUGAAUUACACCAAUAAUUUGUCACGUUGGACAGUAUUUCAUAAUUUAGCAGUGAUAUGCUCCCUAAUGGCAUGUUUUUUCCCCCAAUACUUCAAAGUAGCUUUACAGUAAAUCAUUUAUUAAGCUCAGCGUGAAUCAAGUUUAACUUGAAUCCUGUUUCACAUAUGAUGGAGAUACUGAUACUGAAAAAUAUGUUAAAUUGUUUAUUAAGAUCAAUUAUGAUCCAAGUUAGGUAUGCAUGGGUACCUAAUUCCUGUGUGCCAGUGAAUCAUUCCAAGUGGCAGAACUGGUCAGUAUUCAGGUAGAAUGCAGUCAUGGCCCGCAUUUGGGUUUUGUUGCUGGUUGGUUUGUGGGUUUGGGGUUUUUUGGGUAUUUGUUUUUUUUUUUUUCUUUUUUUAAGUGCACUUCGAGCAGGAAAAUAAUUGUUUGAGAGUUUGCUGUCAAAGCUGUAGUUUUCAGGUUGCCCUCAGUAUGGAAGGAACUCAUACCCUUCAAAACCAUGCAUGUGGAGAUCCAUAUGAGUGGUCUGGUAGGUCAUCAUAGUGGCCCCUUCUGGACUUGAAACCAAUGAAGUACAAGUGGCAACACCAGAAGGUGACUCUGUAUCAUCCUUGAAAAAAACGCUGCAUGAUAAGUAAAAUUACUUUGUUUGUAAGUCCCACAUGAAGGAUCAUGUAAUUAGUUCCUCUAGUACUUCUGCUAUGGCUCCUCUUAUUUUUGUGAAUGCACUUAGGUUUUUUUUAGAUGGUUUCAGAAUCCAAGGUGACUUCUCUAUGGAGGAAAGCCCAUAUCACCUCUUGUAGGAAUUUGAUUGUUUUAAUAUUUUUAUUUAACUUUAAAGAGCAUACCAUGAGACACUAAGAGUCCUUUGCACUUUAUCUGCCACAUGACAAAAACCUUUCCUUGACCUGAGAAACUGGGUUGCUCUUUAGAUAGGGAGUAAUGGUGAUGGAUAUUCUCCCACUAAUAUUGGUUUGAUGGUUCCUGGGUGAAAUGUUGGGAAGUGGAUGGAGGGAUAAAGAUCACAACAGAAGAGAGUGACGCCUAGUGGCAGGAGAAUGACAGGGUAUUAUUUUUGGUGCUUGGAACAAAUGAAUUUUUUAAAAAAUGGUUAAUUGGAACUCUGUGUGACAUGACUGCUACACAGAUUUAUUUCCCAAAGCAUUAAGACUGGGCGAGCCCAAGCUGUGAAGAAUUUUAGAUUAAGCCAUGAAUUAGAGACUUUGUGGACUGAUCUGUGGUGGAGCAUAUUUUUUAAAAUGACUGAGGGAAGCACUCUUUGGUGUAAACAGCUCAAUUUUAUUAAUUUUUGGUGAGAAUGUCUUUGAUUUGUUCUGAGUGAAUGGAGUAGUUGGGUUGCUGUGUUCCAUAAUUCACUGGAUGUGACCACAGAGUUGAAUUGCUGUUCUGUAAUGGGGAGGAAGCUUCUUACUUCAGGUCACAAAUAGAUAGCCAGAUCCUGUUGUUAAUGGUGAAGUGGUGAGUGAACUGAAAUUGCCCAUUCACAACCAGGCUGAGAGGGUUACAGUAAUUUUACACGGUAACUCUGUCUGUUAUUGUGCUGCUAUUUAAUAGACAAAAUCUAAAUUUGAAGCUACCUUCUUAUUUCUAAGCUGGGCAGAAUGAAGUUGCAGUGUUGUCUGCCUGGGCACCAUCCUAUAGUAAAAAGGGUUCUCAAAAGUUUGAAAUAGUGUACCUGUUUUGAGGAGUUGUAUGUGGGAGAGUAAUGUUAAAAGUACUUUGGAAGAAACCAGAGGGAUGAAUUCCCUUGCUAUGGAACCA